CAAAUAUGCUUCAGAAAAACUACAAAGACCACAGGUCUGCGUUAAGGGGGCAGGAAGAGAACGUGCAAGACUUGCCGGGAUUUUAGGGUACAAGUUGGUUGUGUCUUCAGAGGAGAGUGACUCAGGUUGAAGAGGAGGCUGUUUGUCCACCAUCGGUCUGCUGGUUAAAACAUCAUGUCCUUGGAAAACACUUUGGAUGACGAGGACACGUUCAAGAUACUGCUUGCUACUGAUGUUCACCUGGGUUACCUGGAGAAGGACGCAGUACGUGGCAAUGACUCCUAUAAGACACUGGAAGAGAUUCUUCAAUAUGCCAAGACAAAAGAGGUGGAUUUUAUUCUGCUAGGCGGAGAUUUGUUUCAUGACAACAAGCCGUCACGUCGGUGUCUCCACAACUGCAUCAGUAUGCUGCGAAGAUACUGCAUGGGAGACACACCAAUACACUUUAACAUCCUGAGUGACCAGAAAGUCAACUUUAAUACUACAGAGUUUCCAUGGGUUAAUUAUCAGGAUGAAAACCUAAACAUUUCUAUUCCUGUGUUCAGUAUUCAUGGUAACCAUGAUGACCCAACUGGGGCUGAAGGUCUUUGUGCACUGGAUCUGCUCAGUGCCUCUGGUCUUGUGAAUCAUUUUGGUCACUCCGAGUCAGUGGAGAAGAUACAAAUCAGUCCCAUUCUCCUGCAGAAAGGCAGCACCAAGCUGGCCUUGUAUGGUCUUGGAUCUAUCCCUGAUGAACGCUUGUAUAGGAUGUUUCUCAACAAUGACGUAACCAUGCUUCGACCUAAGGAAGACCAGGAUAAGUGGUUUAACCUCUUCACCAUCCACCAGAAUAGGAGUAAGCACGGCCCCACAAACUACAUCCCUGAGCAGUUUCUUGAUGACUUUAUUGACCUGGUGGUGUGGGGUCACGAGCACGAAUGCCUGAUAACGCCAACCAGGAAUGAACAGCAGCUCUUCUACGUUACCCAGCCUGGCAGCUCUGUAGCAACCUCUCUGUCUCCUGGAGAAGCUGCAAAAAAGCACAUUGGUCUGCUGAGGGUGAAGGGCAAAAAAAUGAAUUUGGAGAAGAUUCCCCUGAAGACCGUGCGUCAGUUCUUCAUCCAGGAUGUCGUCCUGUCUGACUACGAAGAUCUCUUCACACCCGAGACACCUAUGGUUACAAAGAUGGUGGAGGACUUGUGCUCUGCCAAGGUCAUAGAAAUGUUAGAAGACGCUGAGAGGGAAAGACUUGGAUGCCCGCUUAUCCCGGAGAAACCCCUGAUUCGCCUCAGGGUGGACUACAGUGGAGGGUUUGAGACGUUCAACACUUCACGCUUCAGCCAGAAGUUCGUGGACCGUUUGGCCAACCCAAAAGACAUCAUCCACUUUCUCAGACGCCGUGAGCAAAAGGAGAACGUGAAAGAUGAAUUCAGCGUUGAUUACAACCAGCUGGUAAAACCAACCGCAGUUGAGGGACAAAGGGUGGAAAACCUGGUUAAACAGUACUUUGAAGCAACUGAGCAGAAGGUGCAGCUGUUCCUGCUNNCUGAGCAGGGCAUGGGGAAGGCCAUUCAGGAGUUUGUAGACAAAGAUGAGAAAGAUGCAAUUCAAGAGCUCAUCCAAUAUCAGCUGGAAAAGACACAGCGCCACCUGCAGGCCAGGGGAGUCACAACAGAACAGGACAUAGAUGCAGAGAUCAGACUUUUCAAAGACUCUAAAAAGAACACAACCGAGGAGGAGAAUGAAAUCAAAGAGGCCAUGAACAGAGCCAAAGCACUGCGGCUGGAACGCGGUGACGAUCAGCCUUUAGAUCAAGAAAUGCCCAGUGACAUGGGCCUGGACUCUGACGAAGAACCUGCCCCACUGCCUCCCCCGACACGAGGGCGAGGUAGCAGAGGACGUGGCAGUCGGGGAGGGAGGGGCAGAGGAUCAUCUGCUGCUUCCGAACCAAAACCCACAGGUCGGGGUCGUUCCCAGAAAUCUUCUUCAUCAACAACUCAGAACAGAAGCAUUAUGCAAGCUUUUCAGGCCUCAUCCCAAAGACCAUCACGGGCCGGAGCCUCCAAGGCCUACAUCUCAGAUGAUGUGCGCAUUGAUGACUCCGAUGAAGAAAUGCCCUACAUGAAAGCUCCCCGCCCCGCCCCUAGGGCAGCGGCGACGUCGUCAUCCUUCUCAAAGAACAGCUCUCAGAGUCAGGGCCAGGUGUCGAAAGGAGUGGCGUUUGAUGACAGUGAUGAAGAGGAGUAUCAUCCCUUCCGAGGUCCCAGCAAUCGUUUUGGGAAGUAACCAAAGUAUGGUGGAUUGAUUGAUAUGGCGUUUGAUUUUUGUUUUUUGUUUUGUUCCAGAAUCUUCUUGUAACAGAGCCCAAACAGUUCCACACAGGUCCGCUGUGGCUGGAGGUUUUUGUUCCAACCAAGCAGUAGCACACCUGACUUAAUACAUUUAAUCAAGUGUUCUCAGUCCUCAGACACCUGAUUGGUCAAACUGUGAGCUCCUCGUUGGUUGGAACAAAAACCUGCAGCCACACGGCCCAUUGAGGAACAGUUGUUUUUGCUGUUCACAUCCAAACUUCCAGAUCAUUAACACCGAUUAGCUGCUAAUGUAUAAAACAAUGAUUUGUCAUUAGCUGAUGUUGUUCUCUGAUAUUCAGGAAAAUAAAAAAGUUUUUUUCCAUAACA